AUGGCAAUGCGUCAUGACCUCACCAUGGACCAGACUUUCCUUCCGGCUGAUCCACCACCGGUAGCGGACGCUUACCAACCGAAGUCUGAUCUAGCAUCGGAAUACUUCAACACAUUCAACCAAAUAUGCGAGAACUAUAGAGAAUCUGACAUAAAUCUCCGUCAGACGUCAGAUACACUGAGAUUGUCAUCAGAAAUUCUGGAUGGGCGGCGCGAGGAGUUCAUCAGCACAGACUUUCUAGCGAGGAAUAAGGAAUAUCAGGCGGAAUAUGCGGAGAAAGUGUUUCUAAGUGGGAAGGAUGAUCAGAUAUUUCAAUUUGGCCAACCUGAUGCAUCAGCCCUUCUGAGACACAGGGCGAGAAGAAGAUACAAUGAGGAGCACGGCCUCCAACCGCCCGCGCUUACUAGUCAAGAGAGUGGGUACGGCAGCGAUGAAUUCGGCCAUGACUCGCCGAGCCGAUACGCGUCGCCCAAGGGGGCGGGCAACAGUGCUGGCUACCAGGAGCCGUACUAUGGCGGAGAGUGGGCGGGCGGCUACUACCAGCCGCCUCCGCCCCCGCCCUACCACCACGAUCCGUAUGCUACGUCGCCAGGUAUAGCAGGCGCACCCCCAGCCGAUACGAGCUCUGCCGGCGGCGCCGAGUUGCCAUUACCACCGAUGUCCUCGUUCAGGGCGGCCGCACCCGUACACUCGCCAAGCGAUCCGAUGAUAGUGGCCAAGCCACCAAUGCAGCCGAUGUACGCGGGCGCGGCAAGCACACCGGGCGCAGGGGGAGAGGCCGGCAGCCUCUCAUCAUACGGCUCCUCACCCUCAACCCCCGUGCACUCGCCCCCGCCGCUGCACGCGCGUCUCUACCCCCCGCUCAAGCACUCGCCGCAUGCGCAUGCGCAUCAUAAUGGACAGCCAUCAAACUGGGUAUCCACAGGGGUGUCAUCCCCGCCUACAGCGACCACCCCCCAUGCGCCACUCCCAGUUCUGCCCAACGGGCACCAGCAUGUCGUGUUCCCACCGGUAAUGGGCGCGCCGGCCGAGCAACGGCAGCUCGACGAGGCUAUGGUGUUUCUACGCGAGCACUCUGAUGUUGGGGGAGCUCGUAUGGAGGAGAGAUUGGACGACGCCAUCAACGUACUGAGGAACCACGCGGAGGCACCGGAACUAUACCCGCAAGAUGUGCACCAUCCGCACCAACAUCAGCCUGCCAUGAGUCGAGUAGGCGUGGCGGGCGCGAUUCCGCAUUUGCACACCGAACCGCCAGUCAAGAUGGAAAGACAUCUGUUGCCUAAUACCAAGAAACGCAAAGAGCCCCCAGACUCCGGGCUCGACUCGAAGCCAUCGUCGUCCGGCUCCGCGGACGCGCUCAAGCAGCCCGGCGGCAAGCGCUCGCGCAGAUACGUACAAAAUCAAUUCAGCUGUUCGUCGGCGGACGAGGACGAGCUCGACCCCGACGCUAAGGCGGCGCGCGAGAGGGAACGCCGUCAGGCCAACAACGUGCGCGAGAGUUGUUCGUCGGCCGACGAAUGUGACGACGAAACGGAUCCUCAUGCGAAGGCGUUGCGGGAGAAGGAGCGGAGGCAAGCGAACAAUGCUAGAGAAAGGAUAAGAAUAAGGGAUAUAAACGAGGCUCUCAAGGAGUUAGGUAGGAUGUGCAUGACGCACCUUAAAAGCGAUAAGCCACAGACCAAGCUGGGCAUACUCAAUAUGGCAGUGGAGGUCAUCAUGACACUGGAACAGCAAGUUCGAGAGCGCAAUCUGAACCCGAAGGCGGCCUGUCUCAAGCGCCGCGAAGAGGAGAAAGCCGAGGACGCGCCCAAGUUGCUCGCCGCGCCUAUACACCACUACGCACCUAUGCCUGGCAUGGGUCAAGUGUCGGGCCAACCCCCCACUGGACCCCCGCCACAA